UCGAAUUUGAAUCUUCCGACAACACCACCAGCUUCGUCGACCAGAACAACCACCCUUCGACAACCUUUUUUCCUCCCUCAUAAUCCAAAAAUGGGUCGUCUUCACUCCAAGGGAAAGGGCAUUGCGUCCUCCGCUCUCCCCUACAGCCGCGCUCCCCCGGCCUGGUUCAAGGCUUCCUCCGAGCAGGUUGUUGAGCAGAUCUGCAAGCUCGCCAAGAAGGGUGCUACCCCCUCCCAGAUCGGUGUUGUUCUCCGUGACAGCCACGGUGUUGCCCAGGUUAAGCACGUCACUGGUAACAAGAUCCUCCGUAUCUUGAAGUCCAACGGUCUUGCCCCCGAGCUCCCCGAGGACCUGUACCACCUCAUCAAGAAGGCCGUCGCCGUCCGCAAGCACCUUGAGCGUAACCGCAAGGACAAGGACAGCAAGUUCCGCCUGAUUCUCAUCGAGUCCCGUAUCCACCGUCUGUCCCGCUACUACAAGUCCGUCGGUGUCCUCCCCCCCACCUGGCGCUACGAGUCCGCCACCGCCUCCACCCUCGUCGCUUAAGCGUAUCACAACUACGUUGCGAAAGCUGUCGUUGUUCCCGUCGGGUUGGUUUGGUGUCUGGUGCCACUACCGCUACGUCGUGGCUUGGUUCUGUGUUCCCUUGCUAUCUGCCUGAGAAGGUUGGGAGGUUAGGGUAUAUGUUCUGGUUGCGAUGAAGUCCUA